CGCACUUCCACUCCAAUCUAAAUGAGACGAGGAAGAAAAAGAUCAACAUUUUGUAGAGUUUUGAACGGAUUAAAUCAGUUCAUUUUCUCAUAAUGACGAUGCGAAACUUUUCACGUUUUUGGGAGUGGGGCCGUAAGAUUAUUUGUGUGGGUCGUAACUACGCUGAACACGCUCAAGAGCUGAAAAACGCCGUUCCUUCGGAGCCCGUGCUGUUCCUGAAGCCGCCCUCGGCUUAUGUGACUGAGGGAUCUCCGAUCCGGAUCCCGCUGUACUGCAGCAACCUGCACCACGAGGUGGAACUCGGUGUUGUCAUCGGCACAGCGGGCACGUCCAUCCCGCAGCACGCCGCCAUGGACCAUGUGGCCGGAUACGCUCUGUGCUUGGACAUGACGGCCCGUGACAUCCAGGAUGAGUGCAAGUCCAAAGGUCUGCCCUGGACCCUGGCUAAAGCCUUCAACACCUCCUGCCCGGUCAGCGAGUUCAUUCCCAAAGAGCGGAUCCCGGAUCCGGCUCGGGUCCGGCUGUGGCUGAAAGUGAACGAUCAGCUGCGGCAGAGCGGCUGCACCUCGCACAUGAUCUUCUCCAUUCCCUAUCUCAUCAGCUACAUCAGCGACUUCAUCAGCCUGGAGGAGGGCGACCUCAUCCUGACCGGGACUCCUGCAGGUGUCGCUGCCGUGAAGCAGCACGACGAGGUGCAGGCUGGCAUCGAUGACGUCAUCACCAUGACCUUUCAGGUGGACAUACAGGAACGCUAAAGGAAACCAACAAACCAAAAAAAGGAUCAUCCCAAAGCACAAAAUGUUCAAUUAGUUUUUAAUAUUUUUUCAGAUGCAAUAAUUUUGCCUUUCCAAUAGAGGGCAGUCAUAGUUUGAUUAUUUUUUUUUUAAUUUUUGUAAAUGUUUGUGAUGUCAUAAAAGAAUUUAGGGAUCACCUAUCUCAGACUGCAAAAGGAACUGAAAUCAAAGGAACAGAGGUGGAUUUGGAUCACUAACUGUGUGUGUGUGUGUGUGUGUGUGUGUGUGUGUGUGUGUGUGUGUGUGUGUGUGUGUGUGUGUGUGUGUGUGUGUGUGUGUGUGUGUGUGUGUGUGUGUGUGUGUGUGUGUGUGUGUGUGUGUUUAUGGGCUAUCAAUGCAACAUUUUAGCCCAUAAACCAAAUUUUGUGUUACAACUUUGACAACACGAGAUGGAUGGGUGGAUGGAUUUAUUUGGUAAAAUUUAUAUAUGUAAAAUACAGUACAAUAUAUAAAUACCACCGAGGAUAACACAUAAAGUAUAAAGCACAUUUCCAAUGACAGUCUUCCACUUGUCAGUUACAUAAAAUUAUUCGUUUACUUUAAAAAAAUAAAAUGUUUGUAUGGCAUUGAUUGUAUGUGCACCAAAGGUGGUGCAAUUUUUGGAUUAAUGCUUUUUUCAAGGGCACUUCAACACUCAGCUGCAAUUAGGGAUUGAACCUGCUAACCAUCUGGUUAGUGGGCAGCCAACUUUAUAAUAUAAUGUUUUCCAAGUGCAUUAAAUUAAAAUUAUGUGCAACAAAAAUGAGUCAGAUAUAUUGUUAAUUAAAAGUAUGUUUCGA